AUGGAUUACAAAAAUGAUGAGUCUGAGGACGCUGACAUAUUUAAGACUAAAUCGUCAAUUUUUCGCACUCCACCAAAAUGGAUCCAAGAACAGGAACAGAAACGAGCAGAAAAUGAUGAUACUAGUUAUGGAAAUGGAAAGGGCAAAAGAUCGCGAUCACUGACAAGUCCAGGGAUGGAAACUAUUAGUAAACGGCAAUGCUAUCAAUAUCAGAGUAUUAUGAAUGAGGAACUAAUACAGAAAUUGUUUGAGGAAAUUGACAGUAUAAACAAACUUGCUGAUAAAGAUCUGACAAAAAACCCAUUUAGCAUGCAAGAUAAGACAUCUGUAUGUUAUGUAUGCAACCAUAAAUUUACAUAA